UUAGGUAGCUCUAAAACCUGCAGAAAUGUUACUGAGGGUAACAGAGACAAAGAGACCCUUCAAGAUCUCUUAAAUCCCCAGGGCAGUAUUUAGAGAGCCCUGAGGAAAGAACUGGAGCAGAAAGACUCUGCCAGGACCUCCCUGUCCUUCUCCCUCCUGCUGCACCCUCUGUUGCCAACAUCUCCUCCACCAUGUCACUUUCUGAAGCAGAGGUGCAAAGUGCCCGUGGUGCCUGGGAGAAGAUAUAUGUGGAUGCUGAGGACAAUGGGACAGCUGUGCUGGUCAGGAUGUUUACUGAGCACCCAGACACCAAGUCCUACUUCCCACAUUUCAAAGGCAUGGACUCUGCCGAAGAGAUGAAACAGUCAGAUCAAGUCAGGGGCCAUGGCAAGAAGGUUUUCGGUGCCAUCAAUGACAUGGUGCAACACCUGGACAACUCUGAGGCCUUUCUUGGGAUAGUGACCCCACUUGGCAAGAAACAUGCCACCCAGCUGAAGAUUGACCCCAAAAACUUUAGGAUUAUCUGUGACAUUAUCUUACAACUGAUGGAGGAGAAAUUUGGUGGAGACUGCAAAGCUUCCUUUGAGAAGGUGACCAAUGAAAUCUGUACCCACCUGAACAAUAUCUACAAAGAGGAGGGCUGGUGAGGAUGUGCACCCUCCAGGCUUUUCAAACAACUUACCAGCACUGAUUUGCUGCUUUUCAGCCCCCAGCCGCAGCUGGAAAAAUUAAAAGUAAAAUAAGGCAAGAAAAAAGGCUUAUAUAAUAUAGAUAUCAAUGUCAAUAAUUUCCUUAGCAAACUGAGUUUCUACAGCUAAACAAAACCUGCAGUACAUCAAAGUCAACCAACAAAUCCUGAUACACUGUGCAGUUCCAGUGUUUCAGGUGGGUUCCUCUGGCCACUGUCCUUGAAGACUACAUUUUAAGAUGGUGACUUUAAGCUUUCUAUUCCUAAAAGAAAGACUUACUGCUGCCAGCAGCACCAGCAGAUCUUUGGCUCACCUACCACCUCUCUAUCCUCAUGAAUGACAGGAAAGAGACCAUUUUGAAGCAUCUCCAGAAUCUUGGUAGAGGUCAUUACUUAAGCCUGAGUAUUGUUUUGCGUUUGAACUUAAACAAGGGGGAAGUGGUGUAUGGGAAUAACAUCUGUGAGAGACAUGAGGAAAGUCCCAUCUUGCAUAAGCCAGAAGAGUCACCCAACCUUGGUUUCUCAGAGCAGCUUUCAGCACAAGGGAUGACAACACUGGGUGUGGUCACUACUGGACCCCUGUGAGCAGGGAUGAACAUCUCCAGGGUAUGGAUUUCACUGUGUUAUGCCCAGGAAGUUACUUGGGUUGAGUUCCCACAUGAAGCAAGAGCUCAGCUCACUGGCUCAUGUGCACUCAAAAUGUACCAUGCUGAUGGAGACUGCUGCCUUGCUGUGUGGAUGGCACAGCGGUCCAGUCACACAGCCUGAGCCUACCUUCAGUGCUAACUGGGUCCUGACCUAUUUAAUUGCUUUUGCUUGUAUUCCUUAGACUUGGUGAAAUAAUCAGCUAGUAACUGGAAAUAACCACAUGCUGCUUUGCUUCAGUGUAAUGCAAUAAACACAGAGAAAGCAGAUGUGCCCUCUCAUUUGAUUCACAGAAAAGGUGAUGUGCAGCAGUGGCAGCUGGUUUCAGUGCACAGUUACUGGUGGUACUGGGAGAUUUCCAAAACCAGCUCAAGCUCCCACCCAGGCACUCAUCACACUUGUGGCAGUCAGGCUGCUCGUGGUUUUCACUUAACCAUGAUGCAACAGUUUUGUAAACAAGUAAAAAUGCAGAGUUUUCCUUCAUUCAGCAUGUAGUUUUCCUCACCCACUGCAUUUGGUAAAGGAUGCUAAAUCCCCAUAAGUCCAGAAGAGGAUGGGGCAGAGGCUGCUUUAUUUGCUUCAGUUUUCUGUUCAGCUUGGGGAGAAAGGGAAGUGUAUCACACAGCAUUACCAAGGACUGUAAAAAAGAACAAAACAUGUAAAAGAACAUUUAUAGUCUCAAAUCCCUCUGAAGGAGUACAAGUAGUUAAAGCUCCGAAAAGAGGUGGUGCAGUUCUUUAUUCCCAUUGCUCUGCUGCAAACCAGUUUGAGCUUCGGAAGAUUUGGAGGCAGCAAUUAGAAAAGUUACAGUGGUUCCAAAGCAAAGCCCCCACCUACUUACCACAUUCCAGAGAUGGAGACAGAGGUUUGAGCCGGGAUGAAGGCGCCUGAGGGCCAGUGCUGUAAAAGUGUCUUCUUUGCAGCCUCUCUGAGCCAGCACCUGGAAAGAUUUCUAGCCCUUGUGCACUUAAUUGAGCAUCACCAUCAAUACUUUACCACAGUCCGCACUUGUCAGAUAAUUUCAGCCUGGGAAAGGGCUGUACAGCCACGGCAGCUCCUGCUGCUCUCAGGCCCUUUGUGACCUUACUAGUGUCCAGCCCUGCUUUGCUGCUAGUUACUCCUUCUUUCUGAUGGUGCAUCUCCUAGAACUCUGCUUCCCUGCAGUGCUCUGCCAUCACCACUGAGCCUAGGGGAAGGGAUUUGGGACUGCAGUUUCCCCAGCAACAGGAAGUGAAAAGCCAGAGCCAGGAGAGGUAAGUCAUGAGAGACUCACUAAUUGCCCACCGACUCCAUUAUAUGCCCACAGAGGAGAAAGCAGGGAGAGCCAGGGCUAGAAGCAAACAUUUCUUCCUCUUUCCUGCUGCUGACACAACUUCUGCCCAGCAGUCUGCUGCUUCCCAGUUUUGCAAACUGCAGGGAAAGACAGAUGUCAGCUCUUACUGAAAAGAAUAAAUAAUUACAUACAUAGCAAUAGUGCAAGAAUUUAUUAAGCAA